AUGUACUUAGGUAAUCUCUAUGCUUCAGAUGCCUUUCUGACAAUAAUCAACAUUACAAUUCUAGGGGGCUGGAUCUGUCGAUUUGGCAAAAAUGAGAUCCACAUUGUUAUGCAAGGAGAGCGCACUCUUUGUACUGAUCCUCGAACGCCCAACUUGCUUGUUCAAAGCAUGAAUGGCAAGGAACCUCACAUAAGGAAAUCGCUGCACACCAUAGGGAGGAAGCUCAUCAAUGGAUUUGAAAGGAGGAACCAAAGAAAUGUGACAGAAGCUCGUUCACCUGUCAGAGGCUCUACUACUUGCAUUAAAAAUGGCGUAUUGGUAAUUGCAGCCAACACACGGACACAAAAUGGAGUAUUGGCAAUUGCAGCCAACACACGGACACCUAGGAGACAAUCACUAACAGGUGCUGGUUCAGACCAGUCUCGCUGGUCUUCUCUGGGUGGCAAGUCCACUAAUUCCAAUGUAAAAGACACAAGGAAUGCCAAGACGCCUCCUCCAGUCCACCCAUUAUCUACGAUAGCAAAGUGUUGGCUGUGGCUAUAG